AUGGACUCUUCUCUCGUUAUCAAGGCGAAGUAUGGAGACACGCUCAGGCGUUUCAAUGUUCGUGUGGAUGAGAAUAAUCGAAUUGUUCUUAACAUGGUUGGGUUGAGGGCUAAGAUAUGCUCUGUUUUCAGUUUCGCCACUGAUGCUACUUUUAUUCUGAGAUAUGUCGAUGAAGAUGGUGACUUGGUGGAUCUUGUUGAUGAUGAAGAUUUGCAUGAUGUGAUGAGACAACAAUUGAAGUUCUUGAGAAUUGAUGUACAUAUGGUUAAUAAUUCUGAUGGUAAAUCAGAUGUUGAUGGCUCUAGUGGAAGUGCUACCCCUUUAAGAGCUAAUCCUGUCUCAGACCCCUUUCUAGCUGAUGCUUUGCAAGCUCUGCCAGAGCCGUUGCGCGAGGCUGUUUAUUCAUCAUUUUCCAAAGCUGCGUCUUCAAAUCCAGUGCUGGCAAAUAUUGCUGAUUCAAUUUCCAAAAUUGGACAGUCCAUUCUAAAGCCCCGAGGCCUUUCUCAUACUGCAGUUGGCUCAGGCUCAAACGAAGGUGUUCCCGAUGAAUCUGUCGCUCCACAAGCAAAAGGUCCACAGUCUCCAUCUGUGGAUUCUGCUUCUGUGCCAGAAGCACUGCAGAAGGCUCCAUCUAAUGUAUCACUUUCAAAAGCUGCGUCUGCAAGACAAGUGCAGGAGGCUCUAUCUACUUUAUCUGCAAAACAACUGCUUCGUAACUUCUCAAAUAACCGGGGCCCAUCUUUUGCAGCUGGUCCAAGCUCCAAAAAUAAUCUUCGUGAAGAACUAGUCACUUCCGAAUCAAGAGGUCCACAGUUUCCAUUUCUGGGCUCUGUUUCUGAUGUCAAUAGCCCGGCGGAAGCCAACAAUGUUGUAGCCGAAAACAUGAAUAGAAAUGUACUACUGUCGGCCUCUGGUGCCGGUAGACAAGUGGAGUCUGGAAGCGUGGGAAUUGCCGGUAGACAAGUUGAGUCUGGAAAUGUGGGAAUUGCCUCAGUUGAUCUCAAGUCAUCCACUAAUGUAAAUAGAGUACCACUCUCAUCAGCAGUUCCUGUUAGUGCUGACAAGGGUAAAGUGUCUGACAGUGUUGCCGGUAAGGAUGAAAAAGUUCCUGUUGGUGUUGAGAAGGGUAAAGCGUCUAUUGAUGACAGUUUUGCUGGUAACUUUCGCAUUCCUCCAUUUAAAAGGAGCCACAGUCACUCUGAUGCAUCGAAUGGUAUGUUUCACAAGGGGGUCCGCUGCGAUGGCUGUGGAGUCUAUCCAAUAACUGGACCUCGUUUCAAAUCCAAAAUAAAAGAAAACUAUGACCUCUGCAGCAUUUGCUUCAAUGAAUUUGGAAAUCAUACUGAUUAUAUCAGGAUGGACCGUCCUGCUUCUUUUCGGGGUCCAAGAUGUUUAUAUCAGAAUACCAAAGAAUUUAGGCUUCCAAAGAUACCACCACAUAUUUUAAGAACAAGUGCAAAGCAUGGAAGGCCAAGACUAGAUAGUCGGUUCAUUUUGGAUGUCAAUGUUAUAGAUGGUACAAUGAUGGCUCCAUCUACCGCUUUCACAAAGAUCUGGAGGAUGCGCAACAAUGGCACAAUAGCAUGGCCCAAGGGAACUCAACUUGUUUGGAUUGGGGGGGACAAAUUAAGUGAAUCUGAUUUUGUUGACUUGGAGGUUCCCGAUUCUGGUGUAUCUGCAGAGAUGGAGCUUGACAUUGCUGUUGAUUUUAUCGCACCCCAGUCACCUGGUAGAUACAUAUCAUACUGGAGGAUGUCAUCUCUCUCUGGACAUAAAUUUGGCCAACGGGUUUGGGUCCUUAUACAGGUUGAUGCUUCUCUCAUGGAUUCAUUCUAUGAUAGCUAUCAAGACCUGAACUUGAAUAUUCCCCUUGACGUGGGUACCUCUGAAGGGCCUCAGAAUAUAGAUAUCAAUGUUCAACCUGGUGAGGAUCAUGCUUUUCAUCAACCCAAAAAUUCUAAUGCUCCACCUGAACCUGUGAAUCAAAUGGUUGAUAAGGAACUAAGGCAGGAAAUGGGAAUUGAAUUUCCUACAAAUAAAGCUACAUUUGUUAGCUCUGCUGCCUCAGCCCCUACAAUUCCGGAGGCAUCUUCAUCUGUUUCUUACCCCAUCAUUGAUUUCUCUGGCCCAACCCCUGCAAUUUCGGCGGCACCUUCAACUGUUUCUUACCCCAUAAUUGACUUAUCUGGCUCAACCCCAGCUGUUACCUCCAACCAGCAAGCCUCAACUGUGGAUGCACUAUCAUCAUCUCUAGGCUUGGAUGGAAAUGAUUCUGUGGAAGAGGCUCUCCUUAAAGAGCUUGAGGAGAUGGGUUUUAAGCAGAUUGAUUUAAACAAAGAGGUUCUGAGAACGAAUGAGUACAAUCUGGAGCAGUCAAUAGAUGAACUCUGUGGUGUUUCUGAGUGGGAUCCUCUCCUUCAAGAGUUACACGAUAUGGGUUUCUCUGACAGGGAGACUAACAAGAGGCUGCUGUUGAAGAACGAAGGAAGCAUUAAGCGUGUUGUUAUGGACUUAGUUAACGGAGAGUAG